AGCUUCCAUCCCAGUCUAAUCGUCCUCACCCUAGCAAAUCCCAGAGACAGAGACUAGGAACCCACGGCAUUUGGCUGCUGAUCGAUCGAGCUGUGUUUAUGUGUGUGAGAGGUUGGCAGGUUGCCUGUUAGCUCAUGAUAGACUGCUGAUUGAUCGAUGCAUAUAUGAUUUGCAGGUAGAAACAACUUCUUAGAACGCAUAUACGACACACACAUAUAGCUAGCUGUCGUUCUGCAGUCAGCGCACACACAGCUAAGCUUCCUACCUAGGAUUGAGCUAGCUAGGCGUGUUGAAUCCAUCGUCAGUCGAUCGAUCCGAUCUAGCAUUAGCAUUAGCAUCCUCCAUGCCGCAGACACCUUCGACCCGCUGGUGCCCGACGCCGGAGCAGCUGAUGAUCCUGGAGGAGAUGUACCGGAGCGGCGUUAGGACGCCCAACGCGGCGGAGAUCCAGCAGAUCACGGCGCACCUGGCCUACUACGGCCGCAUCGAGGGCAAGAACGUCUUCUACUGGUUCCAAAACCACAAGGCCCGUGAGCGCCAGCGGCUCCGCCGGCGCCUCUGCGCCCGGCACCAGCAGCAGUACGCGCAGCAGCAGCAGCAGGCCACCGCAGCAGCGCCGGCUUCGAGCCCUAACAGCAGCGCCACCCUUCUUGCACCUCCGGCAGCAGGCGGCAGCAGCGCCCCCUGUGUGCAUCCGGCGGUGAUGCAGCUGCACCAUCACCACCACCCGUACGCAACCAGCUUCAGCAUGCCCCAUCUGGGCUACUUGGGGCAGCAGGCGGCGACUGUUACGCCAGUGCUCAACCCAGCCGCUGCCGGCAUGGUGGACCUUGCAGGAGCAGGAGCAGGAAAUAGGGCUACUGGUGCAGGCGGUGCCUAUGGCGGUGGAGCUGGGUUAUACAACAGCUGCAGCAGCAAUCAGCUGGAGGUGUGGGACGCCACAGAGGCGAUGGAUCACUGCAACGCCAGCUGCGGUGCGGCAUCAGGCAGCUCUGACGAGGGUGGCGCAGCUCAUCUGCAGCUGCCGGCAUGCUGCCGCCGCCCUCUCAAGACAUUGGACCUCUUCCCCACUAAGAGCACUGGACUCAAGGACGAGUGCAGCAGCUCCAAGUCGUCCUCUUGCUCCACAUCCACUAACUAAUUUAAGCAUCGUCAUUAUUAAAUCGCUUUAGUUUCUACAUUGUUGGCUUCUGGUAUUUCUUUGAUUUGCUAGCUAGUAGAUUCGGUCAUCGUCUCAAGUGUGUCAUUAUAUCGUUGCGUUGCGUUGUAUUGUGUGUUGUUAUAACUACGUUUAAGUUUCAGUACUUUAUCUCAAUUUAUCUA